CAGGCGAUGUUUAUCCACGUCUAUUCAUAAUAAUAGAGAGGGAGGUGUCCUCUGCGGCCCACAGUGUGGCAGGUGCCGAGGUGAAUGCAGAGAUAAGCGUAUUUUGAGGAAGACGACCAGGAGGGCGGGGAACAGAAGCCAAGAGGAGAGAGGAUGGAGAGGGAGUGAGACCCGGAUGCUGAUGCGAGCGGGGCGAAGGAAGGGAAGAGGGGAGCGAAAAUAUCGAUUUACGGCAAGAAAACGGAGUAUCAUCCAAAGGGGGCCUUUCGCUUGCGUUAACUGGGAUCAGAAACGAGGAAGAAGACAAGCUGGUUUGUGCAGUGUUUUUCACCUGUGUGUGUAUCCGCCCAUGGAAGACACGCUGAAGGAGAGGAGAGGGGGAAGAAGAUGCUGUGAUCCGCCACUUGCAGUGAUGUAGGGAGGCAGAGACGAGGAGAGGCAGGGGACGGAGGAGGACUACGCUACGCUAAUAAAAUAGAACAAAAAAUAUACAUAUAUAAAAACAUGGUUGUCCGGCGAGGACUGCGCUUUUCACCUCGAACAACCGAGAGAAUGUGGCAGCCGUGCGAUAAAAGUGACCGUUUAGCGACGCCGAGAAACUUCAAGCGGGGUCGGUGUUUGUGACAGGCGCGAGACGGCCGUUGGUCGAGGCGUCGAAGCUAAAGCUAGCCUCAGAUAGCAUGUUGUUGCACCUGUAAAACAGGCCAGACAGAGAGAAAAAUAACAAUUAUCACGUCUUCAGAGCGAACAUCUAAGCGACGUAUUGGACAUUUCAUUAAUAUGCGCAAACAGAAAAUGACAUAAGUAAAGCACACGGCUUGUUUUACAGCUAUAGGUUAAUGACAAAUAUAUGUAGUUAACGUCAUAAAUGUGACUAAAUUACACUAAUAAGCUAAUGUACAUACAUAAAACGUACUAGUUAGCCUGUAGUACCCCUAUCAUGUUGAUUUUAAGGACAGUGGUUAGUUUUUAACUCAGAAAGCAGCCCUACUACUAACUGUCAUCUCAGUUUCUCUGCUUUAAACCAUGUAUUUUUGUUAAAUUUAAACGCCAUGUUUACCGCGUCUUAGAACAGGAACAUAUUUAUCUCAGCCUAAUUGAACAAUCUUCAUUUUAUUUUUGAAAGGGUUGUUAUUUCAUCAUACAUGUUAGUAACCUAGAAAUAGCUGUGAUACCCCUGACAUUUAAAGUUUAGCGUAAUAUCCUGCACCAGCUUAUGUAAAAGCUGUACAGAACCAGAUAAAUUGCAAUUAAUCCCAGUGCAGUAUUAGUUCUGAUUGUGUAUUGAGCCUUCAGUGGGAGCAGUAUGAGUAAGGAACUGUCUCUGAGUCAGUCUGCUCAAUAUGUUGGGCCUUAUCGACUGGAGAAGACGCUGGGGAAGGGACAGACAGGGCUGGUCAAACUCGGUAUCCACUGCAUUACGAGUCAGAAGGUAGCGAUCAAAAUAGUCAACCGCGAGAAGCUGUCGGAGUCAGUCCUGAUGAAGGUUGAGAGAGAGAUUGCCAUUCUGAAGCUGAUCGAGCAUCCGCAUGUGUUGAAGCUGCAUGAUGUUUAUGAGAACAACAAAUAUCUAUACCUGGUGUUGGAGCAUGUGUCAGGAGGAGAACUCUUUGACUACCUGGUGAAGAAGGGACGUCUAACUCCGAAAGAAGCCAGGAAAUUCUUCAGGCAGAUCAUCUCUGCUUUGGAUUUCUGCCACAGUCAUUCCAUCUGUCACAGAGACUUGAAGCCAGAGAACUUGCUGCUAGAUGAAAAGAACAACAUUCGUAUUGCUGACUUCGGUAUGGCCUCUCUGCAGGUGGGGGACAGCCUGUUGGAGACCAGCUGUGGAUCGCCACAUUAUGCCUGUCCUGAAGUUAUACGGGGGGAGAAGUAUGAUGGGAGGAGAGCAGAUGUGUGGAGCUGUGGGGUCAUCCUUUUUGCCCUCCUGGUGGGUGCCCUGCCUUUUGACCAUGACAACCUACGCCAACUCCUGGAAAAGGUGAAGAGUGGGGUGUUCCACAUGCCGCACUUCAUCCCCCCGGACUGCCAGUCGCUGCUCAAAGGCAUGAUAGAGGUCAAUCCUGAGAAGAGGCUCACGCUAGAGGCCAUCCAGAAACACUCCUGGUAUCAGGGCGGUCGUAAUGAGCCGUGUCCCGAGCAGCCUCCUCCCAGGCGGGUCUGCGUGAGGAGAAUCUUGUCCCUGACAGAGCUGGACCCGGAUGUGUUGGAAAGCAUGCACUCUCUAGGAUGUUUCCGUGACCGAGUCAAGCUUACCCGUGAUUUGCAAUGUGAAGAAGAAAACCAGGAGAAGAUGAUCUAUUACCUUCUGCUGGACAGGAAGGAACGCUACCCGAGCUAUGAGGACGAGGACCUGCCUCCACGCAAUGACGUUGCAGACCCUCCCCGGAAGCGUGUUGACUCUCCCAUGCUGACGCGUCACGGCCGCUGUCGUCCUGAGAGAAAAAGUCUAGAAGUGCUAAGUGUUACGGAGCAGGGGUCUCCCACUCCACCUCGCAGGGCCCUUGACACAGCUGCACACAGUCAGAGGUCGCGCUCAGUCAGUGGAGCUUCAAGUGGUCUCUCCUCGAGUCCUCUCAGCAGUCCCAGGUCCUACCAGAGCCCCGUCUUCACUUUCAGCCAAUCAGACGUCACCUGCGCCGCUGCUUCCCCCCUCACAAAGGAUUCCAAACAGGGAAACGUCACGACUCCUCGUUCAACACGGUCUCAUGACAAGCCCAAAGCGUCUCCCAACCCCAAGACCCAGACCCUGCCCACCAAAGGACCCACCGACCGUCCCCACCUGCAGGCCAUCAAAUCCCUCCCCCUGCACAACCCAUCCUCCCGCUCGCCCUCCCCUUCCCCACUCCUGUCACCCAUUCCCCGCUUCUUCUUCCCUUCGUCCUCUGUCCUUAAGUCAGUGACUAAGAGUUUCUACCCAAACUCUGCCCACUCUGUGCCACAGGUUACCCCCCAGGGCUCUCCGUUGCCCACACCGUUGGGCACCCCUGUUCACCAUCCCCACCACCCCUCCUCCACCCCGCCCUCCUCUUCCUCGUCCUCAUCCUCAUCACGGGCAGAGGGAGGCGGAGGGGUGGGCUCGCUGUCGCUCACCCCUCCCUCCAGCCCAGGAGGAGGUGGUGGCAUGGCGGCCAGCCCUGCCCACUGGAGGACUCGCCUCAAUUCUUUCAAGAACAACUUGCUGGGAUCACCCCGAUUCCAUCGCCGUAAGUUACAAGAUUUUUCUCUCCCAGUUCCUACAUCAGAGGACAUGUCCAGUCUAACGCCAGAAUCCAGCCCUGAGCUGGCCAAGAAGUCCUGGUUUGGGAAUUUCAUCGGUUUGGAGAAAGAGGAGCAGAUCUUUGUGGUGAUCAGAGACAAACCCUUGAGUUCUGUCAAAGCUGACAUUGUCCACGCUUUCCUGUCAAUCCCGUCGCUCAGCCACAGCGUCAUCUCCCAGACCAGCUUCCGGGCAGAGUACAAGUCCUCCGGCGGUCCCUCCGUCUUCCAGAAGCCCGUCAAGUUCCAAGUGGACAUUGCCUUCUCCGAGGGCGAGAGGGAACGGGACAGGGAGAGGAGCGAGAGGGAGGGGAGGAGGGAAGCAGGAAUUUACAGCGUGACAUUCUCCCUCAUAUCAGGCCCGAGUCGCAGGUUCAGACGAGUGGUGGAAACAAUUCAAGCCCAGCUUCUCAGCUCUCAUGAUCAGCCACUGGUGCAAGCCCUAUGUGAUGAGAAGAACAGUCGUCCCCACGGGACCCCCACCCGCCAAAACUCGAGGCGAUCUGAGGGUGGGGGCGACCGGUGCGAGUGGGGCGAUCGAGCAGACGGCGGAGGCAUAGGAGGCAGCGGAGGAGUUCUGCAGCGCAGAGGCUCGGCGAAGGAGAGAACCCGCCUACUGUCCUCUAAUGGAACCCAGUCCCAACCGUAGGACAGAAAGCGACAACACGCUGCAGGAUGCUUGAGCUGCACCAGAAACUAGACAGUAAUAACUCCACCUUCAAGUUUCCCUGGGAGCCAUGAGCCACCCAUUUUCUUCCUUGACUAAGUUACUGAAAGAGCUCAACCACAACAAGGAUUGAGCCUUUUUCCCUCCCAUCUUGCAUUUUUCUGCCAACAUAAUCUUGAUGUUCUGGGUCACCAUUAAUUCUACCUUUAAAAGAGGAAGAAGCUUUGAGGAACCGCCCUUUAGUUAUAAAAAAGGAGUGUGAGAAUGAGAAGUUUGGAGUCCAUCCAUUAAAAAUGUAGCCUCCCAGAUCAAAUAAGAAUUUGCUAGUUAGCAAAUCAGUCCUCUAUUGGAUGCUGACACGACCAGAUAAAUUAUUAUACCGUUGGUUCACAGUUUCAGACGCCCAAAAUUACUCCUUAAAUUAACAGUGGCGCUCAUGUCCUUAUCAAGCAACAUGCAGAUAAUCUGGAGAAAAAUGUAAAUGUAUUGCAGCAUAAAAACUUUCAGGUUUCACAAGGUUCAGCUUUUCUCACAAGAAACGGCAUCUUUGAGUUCCAGCAGCGGCUUUUGUUGAUCUAAAGAAAGCCAACAAGUAAGCUAAGUGAAUGUGAAAAAAGAUAUUUUUUUAUUUUGUUUUACUUGUGUUGAUAUAUUUCCUUUUUGUUUGAGGAUGUCAGUAGCAGUGAUGUUGGUAAAGACAGCAGCAGAAGCAGCUGUGUUGUCUGAACGUUGCUUGUUGGCACACAUUGAUCUCGAGUUGUUUUGUAUUUCCUUUUAUCUACGAUUUCACUUUGGACCCUCAUUGCUCUGAAAUAGUGCUUUGGUUUGAACAGAGAUAUGAACAGUACUGUUCGGGGGGAUUUUAAUACGUGAUACGUAGAUCUCUGAACCUCGUUGGAGCUGUUUGUGCCCAGACUGAAUAAGAAGAGCAUUCCUGACCUUUGGAUCAAACAGAAAGCAGCUCUCACCAGACGUUUGUCUCCUAUUGCCAUUGUAUUCACAUACUGACUUGUUAAAAAAAAAAACAAACAUAAAAAAAACAGGAAACUCAUGAGUGGACAUUGUCUUGACGCUGGUUUUGCACAGGACUUCGAAAUAGGAAGCAAGCAUCUCCCAACAACCUGGCGCUCCUCAUUUGAGUGUUCACCAACGAGCCAAGCGGUCCAUCAAUGUACCCACGGUCGUCUCAAAGUGUCACGCCAUUGAACAAGCAUGACGUAGCAACUCAGACAUCCACACAUUACUCUAGUAAUCCGUCAGACCAGUCAGUGUUCUUCACCAGUCUUCCAUACAGCACAAUAUGCAACAAAGUGCAGGAGUUCCACUUUUAUUUAUUUAUUAAUUUAUGCUUUUGCCAUGUAUUUGUUUACAAAGUGUAUUCCAUGUCAUCAAAAUCAUUUUAAUACCAAACCCUGCAGUCUAAUUCACCUAUAAUCAUUGGGAUUUUCUUUGAGAACUCCUUUCCUGCCCCGAUAGAAGUGUUGACUCAUCUUUCCUCUGUGACCUUUGUCUAAGUCUCAUGUUUCUCAUGCUUAUCUCUGGUAUCUGGAAUCUGUGUGUGAGACUGAUGAUUAAAGACCGAGUGAGAGUGAGAUUAAAGCUUUGCAGCAGAUAUAGUUUGAGCUGAUUCCGCAUGGCGACAUCGCCCAACCUAAUCAUAUCAAAUUAAUUAUCGAAGCCAAACCUUUUUCUACUACACAUCUAAUGUUUGCUUCACUCGUUGGUCUUUCUCUUCACCCCUUGUCGUAGAGCCAUCAUCACAAGAGAAAAUGUACAGAGUUGUUAGGACACACUUUUACGAUCACUCACCUUCAUUUUCAGAUUCAUUUGUCAAAUCGCCUUCACUUCCUUGACCCAGCCCUGGCUAAGAUUGUAAACUAUUCUCCAUUCAUAAGGGUCAGUAGAAUAAGGUGUUUAAAAAAAAUGAAAUGUCUGUAUCAUAAUUUAAAUAUAAAAAGUGCACUAUUAUAACUAUUGCCUGUGAUAAAAGAACAAUUAUGAUUGAAUUGAUGGUCAAAAUAAAGAGAGAUUCACGUUAUUGUUAUGGUGACAAUAAUAAACCCUAAAUUUAUA